UCAUCUUUUUCUUCAGCCGCCAUCCCCCCUUUCUCUCUCUUCGCACUCUUCUCUCCUCCCCCCGCUCCUCUCUCUCCCGCUCCUCUCUCUCUUAUUCACACAUGAAACCCUAGCCCAAAUCAUAAUCCAUCCAUAUAAAUAAUCGAUUUUCCAGUCAAAAGUGGGGCAGAAAAAAAUCGCACAAAAUUCCUGGAGAAAUAGGAGAUUUCGGAGUCGCAGAAAUUCCCCCCAAAAAAUGAGAAGUCCCUUUUAUCUGUAUUGAAUCUUUGAAAAACAAGAAAGUUCUUGGAGCCGCAUAAAAUUUCCCUCUAAAUAUUAACUCACUAUUUUUGAUAGUCGAAGCGUUGAAUCGUGCGUUUUAUUCGCUCUUGUUACUUCCGUUACUGUUUUCGCAUCCGAGUCUACGCAAACUAGGAGAUUCGAAGUGUUCGAGGUAGAUCUGAAGCCCCGCACCCCGUUUCGCUGCACCUAAAAAAGAGUGCUCAUGAGCAUAAAUUAUGUAUAUACUGAUGAAAAUGAUCGGGACGAUAACCCGUACCUGCGUAGUGUAUUAGUGACGGUUUGUGACUCGACGCAUCAUCAAUCUGGUAUAUCCUUUUUAGAUAUUAAAAAGGCGCGGGGAGAGAUUGAGAUGUUGUACUUGUUGCGUGCGUGCCCGUUUGUGGCUAACGGUUACUAUCCAAUUUGCGAGAAGGAUUCAAGUAAAAAAGGAUUUGCUCUUAUUGAGCCAGUAGUUUCCUUAGAUACAUGGCUGAAAAGGAAAGAGAAUCUGCAAUUUUGGAGGUACAAAUUUGAAAACAAAAGUAAAUCAGCAUGCAUUGGGGUUGGAAAGGACUUCAUGGAAAUUUUUUUUCAAUUUGCCAAAGCACUUGAAAGUAUACAUCAGGCUAAGUUGUUCCAUGGCAAUCUUCAGAAUGGAAUUAUGAUGGGGUUGGAUUGUAAAAUUCGGAUUUGCAACUUCAAGCCGGGAAAGAAAAUUGAGUCACUUAAUGAGCAUGAAAAAGCAUCUGCUCAACACAAAGAUUUCAAGGAGUUCUUGAAUGUUCUUAAAAAAAUCAGUACAAGUUAUGGUCCGGAAAAUCAGUUGGAUCUUCCACCCGACCUGACUCUUUAUUUUAAAAUGUGUAUUUUCACGAAGGAUCCUCAGAAUUUGAGGGAUUUUAGAGAAACCUCAAAAUGGUUUUACCAACCCCCUUUGGUUUGGAAUUCAGCACGGUGUUUGUUUUUCCUUGAUGAACUUGAUCAGUAUAUUGAUCUUAAUUUGAUUGAUUUUAGCCUAAAAGAUUUUCUUGGAAUGUAUAUGGAUUGGCAGAAAGUUAUUCGAGGGACCAAGGAUGAAAAUCUGAUAGAGUGCUUAGAAUAUGAAAAUGGGGCCUUUAUAUAUACUACGCCGUUUGGAAUUAUUCGGUUUGUGAAAAACUACAAGAAACAUUAUAGGGAAAACUACAAGAAAGAUUAUAGGGGUAGUGAAAGAAGAACUACAAGAACGGAGGCUCAACUUGUUAACUACGUUACAAAACUCUUUCCAAAUUUUUUUAUGAAUGUUUAUAGCGGAGUUUUUGAGCUCAGGGAUGAGUUCGUGUGGAAUGGCUCACGUGUGGUGACGCUUGGUACUAUUUUAUGGGGGGACCCCUCGGUUUUUGACAUGGACAAAUGUAGGUCAUAAGUUAAGCUGCAGCGACAUUUAGAUAAAUUGGAGGAUCCACUUAAAAUGUACUUUGCUCAUCCGUCUCCAAUUUCACAAUUUGUUAUGUCAUUUGAACAUUUUGCAAGGUAAAGCUGUAAAGUAGCUUUAAUUGAUUAUGUUGCAGCAAUUUUACAACCAAUUGCAUAUAAAACUUUAACAAAAUACUUCGUGGACUGCUGUCUAAACUGAAACUUGUGGGAACUGAGUAUCAAAAUUGCGAUGAAGAGCGCACUAUAUAUUUUAAGUGGCAAUUCUAAUAUGAUUUCGCGUCAUUAAUGUGCAAGAAACUUAUAUGAGCGCGUACUAUAUUUUUAUUUUAUGACCUGGGCGAGGUUGUCCAACCAAAUCUACCACAUGCUUUAUAAUGUUGAUUCAUUCUAUGGCUUUUGAAGUUGUGGCGUGACCUUGGAACCUUUGUUGCUAUCUUGAAGAACCAUUCUCAUGCUUAGAUUAUUGCUAUUUUCGUUGUUCCUCACACAUUUUCUUCCCUUUUGGACAAUACAAUAGAAUACUUUUACCAGACUAGGAGUUCAACCUAUGUGAUACUUAACCAAAUGGUGUUUUGAUAUUUCGAUUAUCAGUUAUAGCUCUUUCAUCGGCUUACAAGUUGACAAUUUUUAUUAAUGUGGGACAGCUAGCUUCCACUCUCUACAACACAUCUCGAG